CAUCGCAAACCAGCCAAAUUUGGAAAGUAUAAAUGACAAUGAGGUUGGAUAUUAUGUUGGACUUAAAAAUCUGACUGUCGUGGAUUCAGGCCUAAGAUUUGUGUCCCGUCAUGCAUUUGUGAAAAACGUGAACCUACAAUACAUCAAUUUAUCCAGAAACAAGCUCUCAAGUUUGUCCAAGAAGCCUUUUCGCCAUCUGGGUUUGACUGAUCUGAUACUGGUGGACAAUCCAUUCAAGUGCUCCUGUGAAAUCAUGUGGAUCAAGAAAUUUCAAGCAACCAAGUUUUACACAGAAACUCAGGACUUAUAUUGCAUAGAUGACAACAAUAAGAGGACAGCCUUGCUGGAUAUGAAGGUCCCAAACUGCGACUUGCCCUCAGCAAACUUAAGCAAUUACAACAUCACCGUGGUGGAAGGAAAGAGCAUCACGUUGUACUGUGAUACCACUGGCGGGCCACCCCCAAAUGUGUCCUGGGUGGUAACUAACCUUGUUUCAAACCAUGAGAGUGAUACAAAUAAGAACCCUGCCUCUCUCACCAUCAAGAAUGUUUCAUCAAUGGACAGUGGACUGGAGAUUUCCUGUGUAGCAGAGAACAUUGUGGGAGAGGACCAAGUCUCUGCUGAGCUUACAGUAUUCUUUGCACCAAAUAUCACAUUUAUCGAGUCUCCGACCCCUGACCACCACUGGUGUAUUCCAUUCACUGUGAAAGGGAACCCUAAGCCCACAUUGCAGUGGUUCUAUGAAGGAGCUGUACUGAAUGAGUCUGAAUACAUCUGUACUAAAAUACACGUUAUCAAUCAAAGUGAAUACCAUGGCUGCCUUCAGCUGGACAAUCCUACACACCUGAAUAAUGGUGCUUAUACCUUACUGGCAAAGAAUGAUUACGGAGAGGAUGAAAAACGGGUUGAUGCUCAUUUCAUGUCAGUGCCUGGAGAUGGUAGUGGCCCAAUUUUGGAUCCAGACGUUUAUGAGUAUGAAACCACACCUAAUGAUCUUGGAGAUGCCACAAAUAACAGUAAUCAAAUCACUUCAACGGAUGUUUCCAACAAAGAGAAUGAAGAUAGCAUCACUGUGUACGUUGUGGUGGGAAUUGCAGCACUGGUGUGCACUGGCUUAGUAAUAACCCUCAUUAUUCUGAAGUUUGGAAGACACUCUAAGUUUGGAAUGAAAGGUCCUUCUUCAGUCAUCAGCAAUGACGACGAUUCUGCCAGUCCCCUCCACCACAUCUCAAAUGGCAGUAACACUCCGUCUUCUUCUGAGGGGGGCCCUGAUGCAGUCAUCAUUGGGAUGACAAAGAUUCCUGUCAUUGAAAAUCCACAGUAUUUUGGAAUUACCAACAGUCAGCUCAAGCCAGAUACCUUUGUGCAUCACAUCAAGCGCCACAAUAUUGUUCUUAAAAGAGAACUGGGAGAAGGAGCCUUUGGGAAAGUCUUUCUGGCAGAAUGCUAUAACCUGUGUCCUGAGCAGGGCAAGAUCUUGGUGGCAGUAAAGACACUGAAGGAUGCCAGUGACAAUGCCCGCAAGGACUUCCACCGUGAGGCAGAACUGCUAACUAACCUGCAACAUGAGCACAUUGUCAAAUUCUAUGGUGUCUGCAUUGAGGGUGAUCCACUCAUCAUGGUCUUUGAGUACAUGAAGCACGGAGAUCUUAACAAAUUUCUCAGGGCACAUGGACCAGAUGCAGGGCUGAUGGCAGAAGGCAACCGUCCUGCUGAGCUGACCCAAUCCCAGAUGCUUCACAUUGCACAGCAGAUUGCUUCUGGUAUGGUUUACCUGGCAUCACAGCACUUUGUGCAUCGGGAUCUUGCUACCCGGAAUUGUCUGGUUGGUGAAAACCUGCUGGUGAAGAUUGGGGAUUUUGGGAUGUCUAGAGAUGUGUACAGCACAGACUACUACCGGGUUGGGGGUCACACCAUGUUGCCCAUUCGUUGGAUGCCUCCAGAAAGUAUAAUGUACAGGAAGUUCACCACAGAAAGUGAUGUCUGGAGCCUGGGGGUUGUAUUAUGGGAAAUCUUUACUUAUGGCAAACAGCCAUGGUAUCAGCUCUCAAACAAUGAGGUGAUUGAGUGCAUCACUCAGGGCCGAGUCCUGCAGCGACCUCGCACAUGCCCAAAGGAAGUGUAUGACUUGAUGCUGGGCUGUUGGCAACGGGAGCCUCACAUGCGGCUCAACAUCAAAGAAAUCCACUCCCUCCUUCAGAACUUGGCCAAGGCAUCUCCAGUCUACUUGGAUAUUUUAGGCUAAAGUCUCCUAGCAUUUCUUCUGGGCUGCGGGAAUGAAUGUGUUCAACUGCCGCUGAACUACAUUAAAUGUGUUCUUAACUUUGACAGUAUUAAUGACAAAGUUGAGGAGAAGCUUUCAAAGGGCAAGCAAUGUGCGCUUCUCCAUCUGUAGACACAGUAUUGACUUUUUAGACAUUAUCAAGACAUAUCUUCUCCCUUUCUCUCAGUUUCUAUCUUUUUUUUCUUCUCUCUUGUCUUUCUAAUCAAUUUGGCUUCUGCAUUAUUGUAACUCUGCAUAGACAAAGGCCUUAAAAACCCAAUCUGUUAUAUCAGCAGACUCUUCAGUUUGCCCACCACAACUGACAAUGCCUUGUUGUAUUCAUGCCUUUGAUGUGGAUGAAAAAAGGGAAAAAUAUAUUUGACUAAAACUUUGUGAUUUCAGCUGCAUAGCUACUGGGAGUUUCUAUGGACUCACCUCAUUUUUUUUUUUUUUUUGCUUCGGCCUGUGGGUGGAAAAAGAAGACUAGUGUUCUCUACAUGAAGAACGCUCUUUGCAGAGAUAAAGCCAGAUAGAUAGAAGACACUCUUGUGUUAUACACUGUCUGGAGGAACUUGCGAAAUCAGGUGGCAUCCAACCCUACAAGAAAACACUGAAGUGAUUUGAUGGAAGACAAGAGAGGGCCUAGCUAUUUCCCUGAAGAGUCUUUCUGAGGACUAAAGAGAUUGUUGAAGGAGGUGCUUUGCCAGCACUAUUCAUUGCCAGAAUCAAGUAAAACAAAAAAGAUGCUGCCUGAACUGCACGCAAUUGUGUUACAACACGAUAAACUAAACACGUGCCCUUUUUUAGUCUUCUGGUAGGAUAUUGUCAUGCCACUGGUGUAAUAAUGUUCUCCAGCUAGUCUUUUUCAGUAAAGGCUGAAGCUAGAUUUAGUUACAUACAGUAUUAAUUUCAAGAUCACAUGUUGAAACUAAGGAUUUUGACAGGAUAAACUAUAAAUGCUGAGGCAGGUGUAUCUUAUAUCAUGCUUGUCCAGCAGCAUAUUCCUUCCUUCCUUCCUUCCUUCCUUCCUUCCUUCCUCAAUCUUUUUUUUUUUUUAACCGUGCAAGCAAAACUGUGCAUGGUCUUUGUCGAUUAAUGCCCUUUGUGCAGAAACAAUCACUCAUCUUGUAGUACACCCUAGUAGGCAUAGCAAACUCAUAAUGAUAUAACCUAUAUUUCAUUAGAAGGGGCUAAUGGAGGACAUUAGCCAUGUUAAAAUGCCUUUAAAAUGUUAUAGAUACUAUAGGCUGAUAUAACAUGAAUAAUCUAAAGCACGGAGAUCACUGGUUAUGUUUGAGACAUAGCAGGGGAUAAAGAUCUCUAGAUAAAACAAAUUACUCUGUGGUUAUGGCUUGCUAUUCAGAGUGCAAAGAUUCUGACCUCAGCGUCAUUUUUGUAUUGGUACUAUUGCUGUCAUAACCAACAUAAACACUUUAUUAAAUAAUUUAUUUUUGGUUGGAUUGGCAUUGUAUGUGUAUAACAUUUGCAUGGCCACUGUGUUGAUGAUCGCUGCAUGGGUAUACAUGUUGUUUUUCAAACUAGAAGUUGACAAUUUGAAAUUUAGAGCUAGGAUUAUUUUUAAUAUGAAUUCUUACAAAUGAAAACCUACCUUACCUAUUCCUCAAGACUUCUGCCUCCCUCUGUGAGGGGGCGUUAUUGCAAAAAAGUGAUCUUUCUUUCCAUUUUCUCUUUUUAUUAUUUCUUAAUGAUAUGAGCCAGAUCAAAAUAGUCCAUCUUCGUGUUGGGGAUAUUUUAUUUAAUAAAUUAAGCAUUUUAUUUUUGUAAGUGUUCCCAUAGCACAUUUAAUAUAUAAUUUGCUCGCAUGUAUUAUUUAUUGAGGCACUUUAAGUUUUUCCUUCAGAAGCUUUUAGAGCUAGCUUAUAAAAAUUCUGAACAUAUUCAGAAGAAAACAGUUCACUGGACACUGAUGAAGUUUUACCCUUCUCAAUGUCAUUGAAAAGGCAGCAUUACAAAUAAACAUGACAGUGUAACUACAAAGCCAUACUCAGUAUUUCUUUAAUAAACUAGAAGUUUUUUCUUAACUGCUACUGAACUGGAAACACAUAAAAAGCCAGAGGAAGAUUCCUACAAAAUGGGCCUUAAGAUUUUAUCUAGACUGUCUUGGAAGUUCUCACAGAAAACUAGAAAAAGACUGAGCAGCCAGUGAAACCCAUUCUCUUGAGAAUAUGAAUGCUGUAUUUUAAAGGAAUUUGAAAUUGAUCCUCAAAAUAACAGUGGUGGAAAAGAAAGAUAUCAGAGUCCUCUUACUGUGCAGUGGGAAGAGGGUGCAGUUGGUGGAGGGGGCUGCUAAGUUUCUACUUGCAUAUUCUGUCUUAGUUUCUUCUGAGGUGAAGAAAAAGGUGUCUGAGAUGAUGCUUUUACUGUAAAAGAGGCUCCAGCCCAAAAGCAAGCAGGUGUGUUUUCCAAGCACUGAAAGAAUGUAUACCAAAAAAUAACCACAAGACCCUAAAAAUGUACUUAAUGGCAUCUUCUUUUUGAUUUACUAGUGAGACUUUUAGAGUCAUUUCAGAGAAUAAAUAGUAUUAAAAUGCAUUGUGCAAUAACAUAGCAGUUUGUUAAAUUUCUAAAGGACCAAAUGUUCUACAGAGCCACCACCAUGGAUAACCUUGACCUAUAUCGUUAAUGUUCUUGAUAGUGCAUAAAAUGUAUAAUCACAGUAGAAAAGCUGUAAACUGUAGCUAUACAUAGUUUGCAUUUGUUCAUGAAAAGGCAGGUAAGUGUAGCAGAGUGAGCAGAGAAGAGGAAGAAAUAUGUUCAAAUCACAAUGAAGAGUGAGUAUAUGUGCAUACUCAUCAUGCUUGCACUGUCAGGUAAAUCGUGUACACUGAGUAAGUAUGACAAUCAGGCUCAUUUUAAAAGUCUUUCUGGACUGUGCUAUGA